UCCAAAAUUGGUGUGUUGGGUACACCCGCAUUUCUCAUUAAAAGAGGCUCCGUCGUUUUCUUAUUACCGUAGCGGAGACCCCCCCCCCCCCCCCCCCCCAGCAAACGGAGUGUAAAGCGCUCAGAAAAUGGCAGCAGCUUCCUUUACCGCCGCGUUGACCCCUACCUCCAAACCCUAUACUCUAAUCAAAGCUCCACAAUCUCCAGUAACAAUAAUCGGAUCCCACCAAUGGCGUCCAUCGCUUACCCUCAACAACAACACUUCCUUCCUCCCUCUCAAACCCCCCUUCACCCUUUCCCUCCGAUCCACCAAACCCCGCGCCAGAACCACCACAAUCACAUCCCUCUUCACCGGCAUAGUCGAAGAGAUCGGAGAAGUCCGGCACAUAGGCCACUCAGAUCCCGACAGUUUCGCCAUGAAAAUCGGGGCAAAGACCGUCCUCGAAGGCGUUCACCUCGGCGACAGCAUCGCCGUCAACGGGACUUGUUUGACCGUCACGGAAUUCGACGCCGGAUCGUCCGAAUUCUCGGUCGGAUUGGCACCGGAAACACUGCGGAAGACCUCACUGGGUGAACUGGAGCGCGGAUCUCGGGUCAAUCUGGAGAGGGCUUUGACGCCGAGUAGUCGCAUGGGAGGCCACUUCGUGCAGGGACACGUCGACGGGACCGGGGUAAUCGUCGGACUCGACAGAGAAGGAGACUCGUUAUGGGUGAAGGUGAAGACGACGAAGGAGAUUUUGAAGUUUGUAGUUCCCAAAGGGUUCAUAGCGGUGGACGGGACUAGCUUGACGGUGGUGGAUGUGUUUGAUGAUGAUCAGUGCUUCAGCUUCAUGUUGGUUGCUUAUACGCAGCAGAAUGUAGUGAUCCCAUCAAAGAAAAUCGGGCAGAAGGUGAAUUUGGAGGUGGAUAUACUGGGGAAGUAUGUACAGAGGCUGCUCAGCAGUGGAUUUGCUGCAGAUGCCAUCAAAUCUUCUGUGUCAAAUUGAUCUGAAAUGGUAGUUUCUUAAUGCAGAGCUAUAGUAAUUUAUUAUUGAAACAAAAUGGGAUGAAUGUCAUUGAUGCCAUCGUGGAAAACUGGAAAUUGUAGUGAAUGAAUGCGGAGAGCAUUUGAGCAUUUUUCAGUCUUGUGUAUUAUUUUGACACAGGGUUUGCAGUGAAUAUGAAUGCAGUAGAGCAUUUUUCAGUCUUGGAAAACUGGGAAUUCUCAGGGUUUACACAAAGAUUUUGAAAAACCCAAUGCCCUUCUCUUUUCCAAAAAACAUUACGCAUACACGUUUAUUAUUUGUUAAUGUUUUGGAUUUUCCAUUGUACAAGAUUAUAUUUAUGGAUUUUUUAUUUUUAGUCGAGUUUAAUGUUUUCUUUGACACACAAAUUAUUUAUGGAUUCUUUUUUUUUUGAAACCAAAUAACAUUAUCAUUAGCAA